UCAUAGAAAAGGCAAGUGAUUCAAGAUUCACUUGGUGCUUGUAUGCUCCUAAAGUCUGAUCAAUUUUGCUGAGUAUACGUUUGGGGUUAAAAAUAUUUUGCAAUGUCGAGAACUCAUAUAUUGCCGGCCUUGAUGCCAGACAUAAUUUCAAUGCUGAGCUCAACGAGUUCACUCCCAGGCCCAUACUCCGGCUCAGACUCGGAGUCGGAUACUCAACCCAGUUGCAGGACACUGGCAAAAACAUCAGCCUAAUCAAUUAUCAAUGACAAUAUCUUCACUAAAUUAAAAAAAACUCGUUUCUACACGAUUUAUAACAAAAUAAUAAUUGCUUUUAGUAAGACCAAAUCAAGUUAGCCAUAUUAUAAAAUGAAACUAUUCUUUCUAUUGGUGACUUAUUGAAAAUCUUUCUUUUGCUUCAAUGAAAAAACAUAAUUAAAUUUUAAUCAAUUUUUUGUUUUUCAUACAGAAUCAUCCAGUAAAUGGUGCUAGUUUAAAUAUAUCCGGUUCAUUUGAACUCAUUAAUGCUGACAUUAUGUAUCAAGCUGUAUCAUGGACAGCAGUACCUCGUGAUGAUCUAGUAGUAAAUGGUACUAAUGAAUAUCAUCCAUUAACAGAUGAUGAUAAUAUAACUGAUGAUUAUGAACAACAAGAAACAGCAUCACUUGAAAUACGUAAACCAUUGGAAUUACUUAGUGAUGAUUUACAAAUAGUUAUAACACCAAGUAAUCAAAAAUUAAAUAUGAAACAAAUUUAUAUGCAAAUAACAGAGAAUAUUGUACCAAUAUUUAUUUAUAUUAUUGAUCAAGAUAUAUUAUCAACUAAUGAUAUUGAAGAAUUAAGAUUUUUUCGUUCUAUUGUACCUAAUGAACCUAUUUUAUUUAUUCGUAUUGAUCAAUCUGAUAAGUAA